AUACUGAAAUACCCCCACCCACGUAUCCCCUUCGAUCAUUCAUUUUCCAUUUUCUUGAGCGCUCCGGGCUGACCGGUCUGUAACACUAUUCGGGUUUUCAUCGCUCUUUCAAUUUUGAUCGCUCUCAUUUUCUCCUUAGAAGAUUGAUUCUCUUCGUGAUCUUUUGCUUUUAUGAAUUGAAGCCAUGAAGCCAUCUUCUCUGAAUCCAUAUGCAGAGUCAUACAUUCCGCUCUCCAAGAGAGAUGCAAAUGAUAGCACUUACGUGACAGCAAGAGUCUCUAAAAUUGACAAUGAGUGUGUCCAGUUUGGAGGCCCUGUGCAGCUCCAUCACAAAGCUUCUAUUGACUCUAAGUUCCACGGUACUGAAAAAGUCCCCAGUCCUGAAUUUUUCACAUUGAAGAGCCAACCUGUCCAUGGGUAUGGCCCAUCGGCACAAAAUGUGAAUCAAGUGUCAGAUAAGCAAAUAUCUGAUGAAGAAUAUGACAUUGAUUUGGAAUAUCUUCAGAUGUCAUUUCCUGGUAUAUCUGUUCAGUCCCUUAGUGAUGUCUAUUUGGCAAAUAAGGGUGACUUGGAAGCGACUACCGACAUGCUGAACCAACUUGAGUUCUAUUCUCUUGAGACUUCUGAAAUUCUACCAGACACUUUGGACAUCGGUGAUGUUUCAGAAUUUGGAUCUUCAGCUGAUUAUGCAUCACUGAAACUGAAGAAUAUAGAGGGUGAAGCCAAUGCUAUUGCUGCUGCUUCAUCUAGUUCCAAGGGCUCCGUAACUAUCUCCUGAUUGACUUUGUGAACAACAAUCACAAUUGUUUUUGUUGGCAUAUUUGGUCUUGUAGAUAAGCCGUAUACAAAUAUGGGAUCUUCCUUGGAGACAGUAGAACACCAGUCGAGAUGUUUGUAAAGUUCUCAGCAGCUUGUUAUUCACUUCUCUCUUUUCUUUCUAAGGUUCUUUUUCUCCUCUCUUUUUUUUUUUUUUCUGUUUGAAGGGCCAGAUACCCCUGUGCAGAGUUAGUGUGCUGGUGUCAGUUCUUUUGAAAUGAAAGUGAUCUUUGUUGUUUUGUUUC